CACUAUCGCCUGAAACCAUUUUCAUAAUAUUUACCGUCGCACUGCAUUAAAUUAUUUCAUCGAAUCUCCAGUAAAUCGGCAUUUUGAAGCACAAGAAGCACUUCUCGAAUCCACCGAAAGCCGGAGAAUGUAAAGAUGUUAAAUUACAUAAAGAGGCACGCCAGCCGACGUCGCAGCAGCCAAGAUGCCACGGAUGCCAUUUGUGGCCAAAUGCCAGCGUAUGAUGUGGACACCACCGACGCCGCUGGAGCUGGUGAUGCAGCCAUGGCUCACAAACGCCACUCGCUGCGCUCCACAACCAGUUUCUGCGACGAAGUGUUCCUAGAAGCGAAGGAGGAGGGCGGCGUGGGAACCACGGGAGGAGGAGGCGGUGGAGGAGCCCCCUCCGAUGGCAUCAGUCUCGCCAGCAACGAUGACAUUUUCACCUACAACUCACGCCUCUCCAUGAAUCUCGCUUCCAUCGUCAACGAUCCGAACUGCCUGAGCUUCUUUGUUCAGUAUCUGGACACCCGACAGGCCCUGCCGCUGAUCAAAUUCUACUUGGACAUUGAGAACUUUAAGCGGGCGGCGCUGACGCAAGAGAAGGAGGAACCGGAGGAGGCUCCUCGGAUGGCGAUGGAACAAUCUUCUCCGCACAAAGAUGAAAAAGAUGUACCUGAAUUGAAGACGCUGUGCGAUCUGUCAAUGCGCAAACCCCUCACAGACGACGAGAAGAGCCGCAUUUAUGCGGAGACCAACAAGCAGCUCAAUAGGCAAAAGUCUGGAACAGAAAGUGUGAUGAACUCCGAGCUGUCGCGGGCCAGCAUCAGCGAUGCUAUUGCCAUAUACCAAAAGUAUCUGAUAGUGAACGCCAGCCUGCAAGUGGAGCUGCCCAUCGUCAUCCUCGCGCAUAUAUCGCUGCUCCUUUGCGGAAGGGAUAAGUCCGAGUGCAGCAAACCAAUCCCGGCUAGCUGCUUUGACGAAGCUAGAGAGUUUGUGCUGGAGCAGCUGGAGCGGGAUCAUGUGCAGGGAUUUCUACAGAGCGGCUACUACUCCACAUACUGUCUGGAGUUGAUCGAGGGCGGCUCAGUAAAUAUCUACGACGUCUUGAACAGCGAACUGGCUUUGUUCUACUUCACCGAGUACCUGGAGCAGCGACAAGAGCGGGAAUGCCUGGAGUUCUGGAUCACCGCCAUUAACUUCCGCAAGAGCUUUGCUUCCGGCGAGGAGAAGGAGGAGGAUCGCAAGGCUGCGCAAAGCGAUGCCAUGAUCAUAUACGACAAAUACUUCUCCCUCCAGUCCGAGUGCCGUCUGUGGAUGUCCCAGAAGCUGCGCUCACGAGUGGAACAAGCGAUCUGUGCUCCGAAUGAGCAGUGGCAAGCCUUCGACUUGGCCCUCUUGGUGACGGCCAAGUAUCUGGAGCAAAAGUAUUUCGCUGACUUUCUAAAGUCGCACAUCUUCGAUAACUACGUGAACGAAUUGAAGGUCAAGAGAGAUAAUUCCACCCCUCAUCCGAAUCUCCAGCACAAGCUGAGCUUGCGCAGAGCUGGCAAGUCCUCCAAUGCCCAACAGCAGCGACAUCGAAAAACUCUAUCCAUGUCAGACUGCACGCACAUUUCGCAGCACAACACACUGCUGGCUUCCAUGGAUCAAGCGCCGUCCAAAACAGCGCUAAAUCAUCAGUCGGGAAAUCUCAACAUCGAUGCUAGGCAGCUGACGAAUCCCCAACUUUUGUGGCAGCGUCCUGUGGGCGCAUUGAAAUUCGGUUUUGUUAACUCCUUGGGACGCUAUGAGCGGGACUUUGAGGCCGUGGACGCAGUGGCUCUGAAAUCGCAGCCGUGGUCACUGAGCGUCAGCGGAAGCAAGCUGAAAAAUGCCAUGCGGAAGCUGGUGAACCUGCCGGAGGACAAUGUGCAAGAGGAGAUAGCUUGGCAGGUGGCCGAGAUGAUUGUCCGGGAUGUUACGAGUGUCACUCUCAGUGACAACAAGACUCCUCCGCUGGCCUGAUGUGCUUUACCUUUACUGAAUUUAUUUCAUACUUAUUCUCAUUGUUUUACAAAUUACUCUUUUUGCGCCGAAAUCAAAGCGAGAAUCAAUCUCCCCGACAUGUGCACAAAAAAGAAGUCGCAACAGAAGCUCUCUAUUAAUCUCCCCUUAUGUACAAAUUGUGUUGAACAAAUCAAAUACUUUACUUUAACUUAUUUUAAUUAUUGCUAUGGGCUUUGAAAGCGCAUUAUUAACGAAACUAUCGCUCGCUCAUUUGUUAUUUACAGCAACAGAACGCAAAACUCAAAUAUGAAACAGAAGCUAAGUUACUUCAUUCCGUUUUAAUAUGUUUAAACAAUUGUAUUACAUAAUGUAUAUGAAUAUUUUUGCAUACUGAUGAUACACACUACCAA